UUGCGCAUGCGCGGAGAGCUUCAAGGGCGUCGUGAGACGCUGUGCGUCGUCUCUGGCAUCUAUGCGAUUCGCUGUGAGCGGACGAAGCUGAAAUCUGCCCGCGAGCGGCGCUCGACGCUGAGCUGCACUGCUGCAGCAGCCUCUCCAUGAGUGCCAUAGUCACUGCCCACGGCAGCGAUGGCGAGGCCGUGCAAUUUUCCAACGCCAGCGAUGGCGACGACGGCGACGACGUGCAAAUCACGCCAACGCUGACGCUGCGACGACCGAUCUACUGCAUGGCCCCGAUGGUCGGCCAGAGCGAUCGACCCUUCCGGCUCUUGUGCCGCCGGCACGGCACUACGCUCUGCUACUCGGAGAUGCUGAUGGCCGACGAGUUCGCCGCGUCGGCGGCGUACCGACUCGAAGCCCUCGGCGACCGCGUCCGCGACCACCCGCUCAUCGUCCAGUUUGCCGCCAACGAACCCGACGCCUUCGCGCGAGCGGCCGUCGCGGCGCACGCCAUGGGCGCGAGCGGCUGUGAUCUUAACAUCGGCUGUCCGCAGCGGCGCGCGCGCGAGGGGUUCUACGGUUCCUGGAUGCAGGAGGACUGGGACCUGUGCUGUGCAAUCAUUGCUGCCGCGCGGGCGGCGUGUCCGCGGGGCUUCGCAAUCACGGCGAAGUUGCGUGUGCAGUACUGUGAGAGAGGCACGAGGCCUUCCACAGAGCGGACCGUGGAAUUUGCGCGUCGCCUCGUCGCCGCGGGCGCGGACCUGAUCGCACUACACGCCCGUGUUCGCGGCAGCCCCGAGCUACGGCGCGCCGGCGCUGCAGAUCUGACCGUCGUGCGAGCGCUGGUGGACGCAGGCCUCGGCGUGCCGAUUCUAUCGAACGGAAACGUGCGCUCGCGAGAGGACGUUGCUUUGAAUCUAAAGGCGACGGGCGCCGAUGGUGUGAUGGUCGCCGAAGAGCUGCUGCGCGACCCGUCGCUUUUUGCGCCGGAGAAGCGGUCACCACCUGCGCUCAUUAGGGAUUACCUCAACCUGUUGCAGGAGUGUGAGUCGGACGUCCCACGCGAGGACGGCUCCGUGAGCGGCUGUGUGGAAAUCAAUCAGCGAGCGGCCGUCGCGAGCCUCACGCCAUCGAGCGUUGUCCCCACAGGUGAGUGGUAAGGACGGCGCCGUGACGCGCGCGACGACAGAGGGUGUCGAGCGAUACUCCGUGUGGUGGGCUAAUAUUGAGGUGCUCCGUUGCCAUGUCAAACGCAUGUUAGAGCGCGGCGGGUCGUCGAGCAAGGAGACCCUCCAGCGCAACACCUUCCGGAAGGCGGCGACGCUCGCCGACGUCGACCGCUAUCUUCGGGCGCGGCUACGCCUCCCAGAAUAAGUUUUGUGUUUACUC